CAAAUUAAAUAUACAAUUAAUUUCCUAACCUCCAUGUCAAUAACUUUAUAAGAGUCUGAUGCAGUCAUUGGAUCAAUUGAUUUAGCUAACAACGGCAUCAUAUUGAAGGGAUUCUACCUUCCCAAAAGAUAAUGCUCCCCAUAACCAAAGAUUAUCUAUUUAAAAUCAUGACAAAUA